AAAUGGACAGCUGGAUAAAAUAACCUAACAAAAUUUGAACCAAACCAGGCUCUAAGAUGGGUUAGGAUUAGCUUUUCCUAUCAAACAUGAGUUUUUUUAGGUUGAAUUUUUGAUGAUGAACUUUAGACAGAAGAAUCUAGUAAAUUUGAUUUUCGCGUUGACCUGUCAAGUCGAUGGGUGUUUCUGUGUAUAUUAUAAUGUCACAUUUGGAUCUGUGGUCUGGCCAAAGAACGGUGAAUCUGAAAAUACCGCCAAAAAUAAUUUUCCGCCGCUUAUGUCAUAUACUCGUGAAAUCAGGAUAUUUCUAUUGAGAGUUACAAUCGUAGAAACAAUGAAUACCAUUAAAUUAAAUAUGGAUAACUAUUUUCUAAAGUGUAGUAUAUGUAGUUUUCCAUUAUCUGUAAUACCCAUAUACUAUAAUUCAACAUUGGGAACUAUAUGUGGAAGAUGUGCGAGUAUCAGAGAACAGUAUAGUGAAGAGAUUUUCGAGCGGCAAGUCAUGUUUGAAAUUAUAAUGAAGCAUUUGAUUUUUCCAUGUGCCUUCAAAGGCCAGGGUUGUCUAGUAGAAAUAAGCGAGGACGAUGCUCGUCUUCACGAACAAACUUGUAUUUUCAGGGUAGUCACAGUUUUGUGUCCAUUAUUCCAUGAGAAAUUUUAUGAAUGGUGUACUUGGAUUGGCGAUUAUAACAAAUUAUCCGACCAUAUACGGAAUGAACAUAAAAAAUAUUUCACUGAUAGUUUAACAUUCACUUUAACUCCAGAGUUAGGAAUUGAAGUAUUAUUCUCCGAGAUUAAUGAGAAUUUAAUAAUAGUAAUAUUAGAUAAAAAAACUGACACUAACAGUCUUAGAUGCUGGAUAAUGAGUGAUAUGCAUUUUAAAAAAUGCUUAGAAAAUAAGUUUCAGAUUUCUUUUUGUGCAGGGGAUGAAGAGCAUAUUUUUGAAGGCGAUAAACUUGAGUAUAUUUCACCUAGUACUAGAAUAUCACCUGAAUAUAAUUUGGUUAUUCCAUUAUCUGCUUUCAAUAAUUUAUUUGAGAAAUAUAAUGAAAUAACUGUAUCAAUUUCCAUUAUACCCAAAGAAAAAUUAAAACUGACCCUUGACAAUAUUUUGGAAAGCAGUGCAACCCAAAAUAAGCCAUCUGAAGUGGCUGAAUUGACAACUAGAAUUUUCCAUGAGUUGGAAUGUCCUAUAUGCACAGAAUUAAUGGGUCCACCAAUUUAUACAUGUAUGGAAGGUCACAAUAUGUGUUUUAAGUGUAGAAAAAAGAUUUUAGAGUGUCCUGUUUGCAGAGGAGAAAUAAUAGGAGGAAGAAAUUUCACUCUCGAAAAACUGUGUUCCAUCGUUACUGGUCCUUGUAUCUAUAGAAAAGAUGGCUGUUCUUUCAUUGGAACUAUUUUCAAAGUAAAGGAGCAUGAACCAUUUUGUUAUAUUGCUAUGAGGAGCUGUAUUAUAAAUAGUUGUGAAUGGAAUGGAAGAACUCUAGAACUACCAGAACAUUUGGAAGAAAAGCAUAUGUUCAAAGAUAUUUCAAAGGCUUAUUCAUUCAAAUUAGAUCAGAAGCCUGAACAACAUAUGUUCUUUUUUGACGAUAAGAUAUUUUUAAUGAAUCUAUUUUCAGUAGAAAAAAAAUCAAUUAAUUAUAGUCUACAUUGUUUGGGGGGAAAACAUUUACAAUAUGAUUAUGAAAUAGAAUUCUUAGAUCCAUCUAUAGAAACAAACAAAAUGAUCGUGAGGGAUGUUUGCCAACCUAUAGGAUAUAAUUUCAAUAAAAACUCAUUUUUAUUACUUUCUAUUCCUUCUCAAAUGCUGAGCUGGCUUAUUAAAGAUAGCAAUGAAAUAAAAUUCAGAGUUGUUAUGCAUGUCAUUUCAAAACAGAAGUAGAGUUGGUUUUUGAAUUACUUCUAAUUCCUUCUAAUAAUAAGGGAAUAUUUAUUAAUUCACUUUUUUGUUUAUCGUUCAUACUGUUAUGGUAAAUUUUAUCACAACUACAAUUAUUAUGAAAAUUUAAAUUGAAUUAAGUGCAGAAACUCGAUCCUACCUUUGUUGAAUGCUAUUAAUUUAGGUGAAUUACGUUCAGUCAUGUAGUUGUGUAAUUAAUGUAUUAACUCGCAAAUUACUGGUAAAGCAGUGAUUUUUUGGAAGUAACCCUUCAGUUUAUUUAGUUGUUAAACAAGAAUAUUUAUAUAAAGUUUAUAAAGGUUUCCCAAUUAUUUUUCAGUUACUUGUGAGGGAUGUAAUGUAUGAAGCUUUUUAUCAUUUACAAAUUGUUGAAUAUCUUUUAUUUGAUACUAUGUAAAUAGAGACCAGUUUUAAGUUAUUUCCACUGACAUUCGAUAUUAUGUUUAGUGAUUUGUUUGAAUAAAUAAAUACCAUUAUUGGCGUUACCUGCAAUUACUCAUUACAACAAAAUGUUCCUUGAUAUAGGAGAAAUCUCUC